AUGGCCACGUGGACGCUGUGCUUGGGCAGCAGGACGAGCUUGAUCUCCAUGGCCGGCAUCCGCUACGAGGGCACCCUCAGCGGGGUCAACACGGACGACUGCACCGUCGCCUUGGCCAAAGUGCGUGUGUGCGGCACGGAGGGUCGCCCCGCCGAGCGCGCCGUCGACCCUCGCGAGGAGAUCUACGACUACAUCAUCUUCCGUGCCAGCGAGAUCAAGGACCUGGCGGAGUUGGGGUGCCCGCUCUCCGCUCUGCACCCCCACCUGGCCGUCGUGCAGUCCUCGUCACGGGGCGCCCGCCCCCUGCGGGACACGCAGCACGGAGCCCGCGGCGGCCACGGGGGGCGGCACGCGCGGAGCCCGCCGGCUCGUGCGGGACACGGCGGACGGGGCGGCGGCCUGCACACGGAGGAGCCGCAGCCAGCAGCCUUUGCAGCCGCGAGGAAGAGCGCCACGGUGGAGCGGGGGGUGCAGACGUCCCCCCAGCGUCAGCAGCGACGGUGUCAGAGCACGAAGCGGAUUGCCGCCCAGACUCCCCGUGGGGCCCCGGAGCCGUGCGUUGAGUUGGACGCGGAGUUUGACUUUGCGAGCGCCAACGCGAAGCUGGACCGCGAGGCGCUGGACAGGGAGUUCCGGGGCAGGGAGGCCAAGCGGAGAGAAGCGGACAAGCCGAGGGGUCCCCGCACGAGCUCCCCCGUCUUCCUGGACGGCUGCUUCUACGACAAAACCAGGAGUUUCUUUGACAACAUUUCCAAAGACGGCGGCAGGAACUGCCGCGUGACGUUGGCGGAGCAGCGGCGCUUGAACGUGGCGACGUUCGGGGCGGACCUCCCCACGUCGCUCGCUCGCCGCUCCCUGGGGGCCGAGAGUGCGAGGUGUCGUGACUCGCCUGGGUAUGCCGAGGAUACGGUGGUGGCCGAGGCGCCGGAGGUCCUGAAGUCCGGCGUCGGGGGACCCGGCAGCCGGACGCCACAUGGCCCCGAAGGCCACAGUUCAGCACGUAGCGACGUGAAGUCGUCGUCGUCGGCUGUCGGCAUGGCAACUCGAAGCUGGCAGGCCAAGCUCAUGAGCUUCUGCAGCACGAGUGACUCCACAGCGUCUUCAUCCAUGCGAGGGUAG